AGAAGGGGGCAACCAGGAUGAUCAAGGGGCUGUAGCAACUCCCCUAUGAGAAAGGGUUAUAAAAUUUGAGGCUUUUUAGCAUCCAAAAAAGAAGGGAAUCAACAAAAGACAAAACCGGCAAUACGAGUGCAAACCUCAAUAUGUGGUUUGGACAGUGCCAGUAUACAGCAGAUGAGUACGAGGCCGUUCAGGCUGCUCUGCGACAGAGGCUGGGCCCAGAAUACAUCAGCAGCAGGCAAGCUGGAGGAGGACAAAAGGUUUGCUACAUUGAAGGACACAGGGUCAUCAGUCUGGCCAAUGAAAUGUUUGGCUACAAUGGCUGGGCUCAUUCAGUCACUCAGCAGAAUAUUGAUUUUGUUGACCUAAAUAAUGGCAAGUUUUAUGUGGGUGUUUGUGCCUUUGUGAAAGUCCAACUUAAGGAUGGGGCAUUCCAUGAAGACGUUGGGUAUGGAGUAAGUGAAGGUUUGAAGUCUAAGGCCCUAUCCCUUGAAAAAGCCAGAAAAGAGGCUGUCACAGAUGGACUGAAGAGGGCCCUGAAGUGCUUUGGUAAUGCUCUUGGGAACUGCAUCCUGGACAAAGAGUACUUGCGAUCAGUGAAUAAGCUUCCCCGUCAGAUGCCUCCAGAUUUUGAUUUGGGCAAAGCUAAAAGGCAGGACUUUGAGCCUGCUAUAGAAAAGGCAAGAUACAGGAGCUGCUUGCAAAAGGCAAGCGAAGACCAGCAGCCAUUUUCCACAGCAACCCCAGGCAAAUCUGACCAGCUAGAAUCUUCCUUGAUUGCUACUGAACAAGAACAGCAAAACAGCAAGGAGUCUGAUGCCACAUUCCACCGGAAGUUACGGCAGAAGCAACUUCAGCAGCAGUUCAGACAGCAGAUGCAGAAGAAACAGCAAAUCCAGUCAAAUACUCCAUCUUACAAAGCAAGAGAUCAAGAAGCAUAUAAUCUCCCUGCCAUGAAACACAUCACUUCAGCACCACUGCAAUCCCCUGUGGAAGAUGAGUCGCUUGCAGAAGCGUGUAAUCUCCCUGCCAUGAAACAUAGCACUUCAACACUGCUGGAACCCACUGUGGAAGAGGAGUUCCUUGCAGACGACCCUGAGCUUUGGGAUUUGCCUUUGGAGGCGAAUGAACUCAGCAUGGCCAACCGCAAUACAGCAGCCCAACACCCAAGCACACCUCUUGGAAAUCAUCACAUGAUGACUCGCAGAAGAACACCACAAAGAAUAAAUAAUCAGAGACCAGGUGCAAAACCUACACCCUGGCAUCCUUCCUCUAGCCCCAGGCGUAACUUACCAGCUGAGUGCAGUCCCUGCAGAAAAAGCCAAGGAAUGAAGAAGAGAAGACUGGAGCCCUCGUAGCACAAGAUGAAUGACCGAGCUGUUAUCUGUCCAAAUUUUAUUCAGAGCACAGUUUGGUUGGACAAAGUCUCAGAAUGGAGAAUAUUAUCUAGGCUUUAUUACCUCCAGUACUAAACAGGAAAUAUUUUUAUAUGGCUUUUGCCAUAUUUGACUACAUGGACAGGCAGCAGCCUCCAAACCAGGAGGCUGCCGACUAUCCCAUGCAAGGUGGGAGGACAGCAGAGGCAAUCCACCCCUCCAUACUCUAGCCACCCUGCAUUUCUAUGGGUCUACUUUUGGAGGUGGAGGAAAAGAGGCUGUGACGGCCCUAGGAAAUGGCUUACUGCAGCCGCCCUGGUCUCCUGCCCCGGAAUGCCUCCUUGUCCCAUUCUCUGCGCUGUGUUUUCCAAGCGCGGGGAGGUGGCUGGCAUGGUUCUCUGCAUCAGCUUUGAGGGGGACAUGAGGGGGCAAGUGGUUUUCCAGAGCCAGGAAACCAAACAAUCCUGUACCACCCGCCCCCCAACAGCAUAGGAUUGCUCUCUAAAGGUUGAAAACAUUGCUUUGACACUAUCUUCAGAAGAUCACAAACUUAGCAGUUCAUUCUAUUAAGACCAAGAUUUGAUUCCAUAUGCAAAUAUAAAAAUUAGUUUAUAAUUAAUUUCCCUUAUUUUAAUGGGAAGAGAGCAAUGUUAAGGAUGUGUCUUGCAUACAAACCUGUUAUAAAGUACUCGUUUGGAUACAUGUUUCAGGAAAAAGGCAAACCUAAUUUUAUACUUUUAAACGAAUGUUUGUCCUUGGCUCUAGAAAAAUAAAUAGAGCCAAAGUUUUCAACCAGUUGAUGGGAUGUGACGUUUUAGGAAAAUAUUAAUAGUAAUUGACUUUGGGGGGGAGUAAGACAAUUUUAAGCCUUUGCUCCCUUGCAAUUCGGGUGUGCUAAUUACACAGCCUAUUAAAGUGAUUAGAUUAAAGCCUCCCCGCCCCCCCCGACAAUGUUCUGUGUGUGUGAUUGUGCGUUCCAUCUUAAAGGACCAUUAAGACUCCUAGCUCUGAAAAUGUCAAACUACAGACACACACCAUUUUUACCAUGUGUUUCUCCUAUUCUCUUCCAAAUAAAAUUGGUGACCAAUGGCUUCAACGUGAAAUGUAUUAACACAGAUGCUGUGUAAGGGAUUGCUAGUGCUCAAAAUUGUUGAAAAUGCAUUUCAGAAUAUAUUUUAAGUAUGGGGUAAGCAGUCUAGGUUGAGUCUUCCUUCUUAAAGCCAGUCAACAGAGAAUAAGGGAUAGAAUGCUGUAUUUUGCAAUCUGAAAUAUAAAGGCAGGAUCUUGUGCUACUGCUAUCAGAUGCACCCUAGUUGUGCUGCUUAUGUAGAAGUGGCACAAGAGCAGUACGGAUUGUUGAACAAAACCUCCCCUGAUACACUCUGCCGCCUCUCAGGGACUGACCAAUCCAAGCUUGUUGCUGAUUUUUUUCUUCAUUAUUUUUUGCCAAUAUCAUACUUGGUUUUAACCAUCUUAAAGGCUCUUAUAGUGUGAAGUUGGAAUUAAAUAUUUAAGAUAAUAAAACUUACUGGGGAGCUAAUGCAGCACACCAUCGAACUUCACUCUAGUACAACACCCACACCCCUGUCCCUUCCUGAACUCUUUAAAAAGUUCCCACGUGGAGGACCACUGAGGUAUACUAUUGCACAGAAAAGCCUCUCCUUUUAACUAAAGAUUGCUAAAAGCUAAGCUCUGCUGAGCCCUGCUUCAACUCAUUAUUUUUUGACAUUUUAUUUUAAAAAAUUAUAUUCCACAGAGGCAUCUUGCUGCUUUGGGCAUUUUUUUUUCCUGAAAAGGUAAGGUAUAGAUGUAACAAAUAAAUAAUAAAAUGAUUAAAUUUAAAUUUCCCAGGUUUUUUAGAAGGCUGAGCUUGCAGCAGCUGCUGUCAGGACUAACAUACUUGAACUACAAUUUGCCCUUUACUUUUGACAGAGCAGGUAUCUUCUACAAGCUGGGCUGCCAUGCCAUAAGGCGGAGCGAGGCGCUGCUUCAGGCAGGUCAUUUGGGGCGUCAUGAAAAGGAGGCAACUUUGUAGUUAUUUGAUUGAUUUGGAUUGGAUUGGACUUUUACUGCCAGGGAAAGGGAGAUGCAUUUAUGACAUUCCCAACUGUGGGAGGCUGGAAGUCUGGAAUUAGGGGAGGGUUAUUCUGUAAACCCAUUAUCAUGGUCAGACCAGUUUCUCGUGAAAUUUAAAUUGAUAGUGGCCAUACCAAUACCAUCUAUAGUGGUGGACCAAUUAAGAUGGUCCAUGUGCACAGACCUAUGGAAUGCAAUGGAUUGCUGAAUGCCCUUGGGGAUAUUCCAGUUGACAUGGCUGGUGCUCCUGUAGAAGUCCUGGUCUCCCUAAGGAAUGGUGAGAUAGAACAGGUUAUCAACCAAUCAUGCCCAUGUCUUGUUUCUUGGGCUGUCUAGCCCUGUUGUUUCCCUUGCUUACCAUGGACUAUGAAACAUGCAGAGAAAUGACUAUAAUUGGUAAUAAUAUUUCUCAUUUGAAACAAUUCCUGAAGCAGUUUACAAUACAAUAAAAACAAACAAAAAGACCACAUAUUAUACACAAUGGUAUCAUGAGGCUGGUACAAAGAUAGCUCAUGGCUUGGGGAAAGCUAAAGCAAACAUACGUUUUCAAUACACACCAGCAUUGAGGCCUAAAUUCAGAGGGCAGAUUAUUCCAUAGCACCAGUGCCACUGCAGAGAAUGCUCGCCUCCAUGUCAUUGCCAAAUGGAAAUCUGUGGGCCAUGGCACAGACAACAGGGCUUCUGGAGAUCAUAAUGGCCUGGAAGGUUGUUAUAGAGGGAGACAUUCUAUGACGUAACCUGGUCCUGAUUUGACAAGAUUAGGAGAUGGAUCGCACAAAUCUCAGUGAUUAAAUUUGGACCAAACACGAGUGAGAGCAUGUUAUUAUGCCUACUUAGUAGGAAUGUUGGCAAAGUGUUUAUACUUCACCUCCACUUCAUCCCUAAAUUGCCAUUUGGCAGAGUUCUUCUGGUUGAAAAAUGAUCCUGGUGGGGCUGUAGCAGAAACCUUCUGACAGGUUUGCAAAGGACUUUGAAGAUAAAAAUCACUACCAUAUUUCUUCAAUUCUAAGACACACUUCCCCCCCCCCAUAUAAACAUCUCUAAAAACGGGGUGCAUCUUAGAAUCGCGGGUGUGUCUUAGGGUUUUUUCUGUUGGUGGUACUGAAAUUAGUGUGUGUCUUACAAUCGAUGGUGUCUUACAAUCGAAGAAAUACGGUAAUUCACUUUGAACUUGACACCAUUGUCGAUAUAGGACCAAUUUCAGUUGAUGUGGCUAAAAUAUUCGGGAGGAGUGCAGCUGGCCACUUGCAUCCUUGCCCAUUAACAGCUAGCUUUGGGGGGACUGGUUGGGUGGGCCCAGGAGAUAAUUAAUGCCUUUUUACAGGAGGGAGUGGUCCCAGCCACCUUAAAGAGGUAGUUGUGUCACACUCCUUAAGAAAAUGUCUCUGGACGAGGACACUUAAACUAUCACCAAGUUGCUAAUAACCUCCUUUUGGAUGAGCUGGAAAUGCUGGUUCAACUCCAAGCUCUUUCGGACAAAACAGAUCUUCUAAAUGUAUUUUAAUUCAGGUUAAGCACGCGGU